CGCCGCGCGAGCGCAGCCGCUCUUGUGAGUGAGCGCCAGCGGUUCAGCGCUGGAGCGGUGCAGCGGAGCGGAGCGUCGCGUCGCGUCGCAGCCGAAGCGGGGAGCGCGAACGGCGCAGAUCGGCGGGAUGUACAGCAAACAUCGGCUCAAAAGGGCGCCGCUCGCUUCGGGCCAAAGUGGACGAGCGCUCGCUGUUUUGUGCGUCGCGCUGCUGCUGCUGCUGAGCAUCAUGGCACUGCGAACCGCGAGCGGACACCCCCGACGAGCAGGACAAGGUCGGGGAGAAACUGUGGUGCCAUACUGGAUCUCCAAGGGUCGUGCCAAACGGGACACCAUGAUCCAGACCCACUUCCCAGCCCAGGGGGAGAUGCUGCUGAUGGCUGAAGGCAGAGAGUUGCUGCUGCAGUUGGAGCGCAAUCAUCAACUUCUGAGCCAAGAUUUCACAGAGACCCAUUACACUGAGGAUGGGGAGCCAGUCACUCUCAAGCCCAAUUACACUGAUCACUGCUACUACCAUGGCCACGUCACCGGAUACAUCCAAUCUUGGGUUGUCCUCAGCACCUGCUCCGGAGUUAAGGGUCUUAUCGUCUUAAACCCUAAUACCAGUUUUUAUCUUGAACCAAUCAGAGGGCUGGAAUCUCGUGAUCACGUAAUCUAUCGCACUGAGCACUUGCCAGUCAAAGGUGGCACAUGUGCACAAGGGCAACAGAAGGGGUACCAGGGCCAGUUAUCCACUGUCCUUCAAACUUUCCAUCAACUGAAGAGAAGAAAUUCUGAGGGUACCACCAAAUACAUGGAACUUUACGUUGUAGCUGAUCACACACUGUACAGAAGGAAAAACAGUGACCUUGAGAAAACGAAGCAGAGAAUCAUGGAGAUUGUGAACUAUGUUGAUAAGUUUUACAGGGCUCUGGACAUCCGGGUGCCACUCAUCGGGCUCGAGGUGUGGACAGAACGUGACCAGUGUUUGGUUACGGAGGACCCCAAUGCUACCCUCUGGUCCUUUCUGCAGUGGAGACAGAAGCUGAAGUCCCGCAAGAAGCAUGAUAAUGCCCAGCUGCUCACGGGUGUGAUCUUCAAGGGGACGACCAUUGGUAUGGCACCACUGGAGGGCAUGUGCAGUCCAGAAAACUCUGGUGGCAUCAACGUGGACCAUUCAGAAGUACCCAUUGGUGCAGCGGCCACCAUGGCACACGAGAUUGGCCACAACUUUGGAAUGAGCCACGACAACGAGGGCUGCUGUGUGGAAGCGACGCCCGAGCAGGGGGGCUGCGUCAUGGCUGCUGCUACCGGUCUGCCGUUCCCCCGGGUCUUCAGUCGCUGUAGUCGGAGGGACCUGGACAGCUACUUCCAGAAAGGUGGGGGCGUGUGUCUCUUCAAUAUGCCCAACGUGAAAGAUCUAGCUGGGAACCGGCGUUGUGGGAAUGGCUUUGUGGAGGAGGGAGAAGAGUGUGACUGUGGAGAGCCAGAGGAGUGCACCAGCACCUGCUGCAACGCCAACAACUGUACGCUGACGGAGGGGUCACAGUGUGCACACGGGGUCUGUUGCCAGGACUGCCAGCUGAAGCAAGGGGGCACCUUGUGUCGAGAGCCAGCAGGGGCAUGUGAUUUGCCUGAGUACUGCACUGGGGUGUCCCCCUACUGCCCCUCCAAUGUCUACUUGAUGGAUGGCUCUCCCUGCCAGGGUGGAAGCGCCUACUGCUACAAUGGCAUGUGCUUGACACAUGAGCAGCAGUGCCUCCAGCUGUGGGGACACGGUGCUCGUCCUGCUCACGACAUCUGCUUCCAGGAUGUGAAUGCUGCAGGUAAUGCCUUUGGUAACUGUGGCAAGGAUAGACAGGGAAACUACGUCAAGUGUGACAAGAGUGAUGCAAAGUGUGGCAAAAUUCAGUGCCACAGUGUUGCCAAAAAGCCCAAGGGUUCCAAUUCUGUGUCUAUCGACACCACCAUCCGUACCAAUGGCAUUGAGGUCAAGUGCCGGGGCACCUACGUCUACUCCACUGAUGAAGAUCAGGGGGAUCUUCCUGACCCAGGUCUUGUCAUGACUGGGACAAAAUGUGGCAAGGGAAAGGUAUGCCGAGACCAUCGCUGUCAGAAUGCCUCCUUCACCAAGCUGGAGACCUGCAUUGCUCUUUGCAACGGCCAUGGGGUAUGUAACAGCAAUCAGAACUGCCAUUGUGACCAUGGCUGGGCCCCACCCUUCUGCAACAAGGCAGGCCUGGGGGGCAGUGUGGACAGCGGGCCUGUCCAGUAUCACAGCCAGCAGGGCCUUGUGGUGGGCCUUGUUCUAGCCUUUCUGGUUCUUCUGCCAGCUGUACUCAUCCUCUUUUGGUGCUGGAGGGUCCAAAGCUCUCCCUUCCACCGGUGGAAGGCCCAAAAUGAGAACAGGUUUGCCUUCUGGGGAUCUUGUCCUUCAUUCCUCAGAAAAAACAUGCCUGUGCAGGAGGUUUCAAAAGGAUGUCUGAAUCAAAGAGAACCCCUUAAAGUGGUUGGAUCCACCUGUCAAAGCAGUGGCGCUAAAGAGGUCCCCCCCUUGGCCAAAGAGGCCCUGCCCCUGAGGACCCUCCCACAUCCCAGCACGAGUCAGCCCUUAAGUGACUUCCGCCCCCUGCAGCCCACACGCUGUCCACCUGCUCCACCACACCACAACCGAUCAACCCAUGCCCUUCCAGCAAACAAGCCAACCCCCACAACAGCCAGACCUACAGCCGCUAUGUCAAGAAAGACAAUGUCACUGAGUCCAGCCAGAGGCCCAUUGCUAACGGAAUCACAGCCAAGGCCGUCAACCUGUCCACCUCAGAGGCCUCCACCCCCAAGUCGUUCUUCUGCCCAGAAGGCACUCCCCCGAGUCACCCCUCUGCAUCCCCUAUCUAUGCCUGUUCCUUAAGGGUCUCUCACAUCAGCCCCAUCCCUCUCCUAGUAAUGACCCAUCAGGAGACAGCGCAACGUGUCACAUCUGCAGUUCUGCCUCCCUCGGUGACUGAGAGCUUAAGAGGGGGACAGGUAGCAAGGAGUGUCUGUGGAAAAGGUAUAAACUCUUUGGGGUUAACACUGAAAACCAGGAUCGCGGAUGAGAUUCCUUUACAGAUUUUAUUUCGUUCUGUUUUUUUGUUCUCAUUUGCAUUUCAUUUUGUUUAUUAUUGAAACAAUGCUGUGAUUUUUUUUUUCUGGAAAAAAACCACCUUGGAGCAGUUUCAAAUUAUUUCGAGUACAUUUUUAAUUUUCAUCCCUUCAAUUUUGCUAGUAGAGGGCAGUGUCAGCUAGUAGUGUAAUGGU